AUGUUUCGUAAUGGAUACUCGUGCGUUCCCAUCGCUUUAUCCGAAGGGUUAGAUAUACGUUUGAGUAAAGCUGUCAAAGAAAUUCACUACGGGCCAGACGGUGUGGAAAUCGUGACGUCAAAUGGUAAAAACGAAGACGAUGGUACGGAAUCAUUCAAGGGUGACGUUGCACUUUGUACUUUACCCUUGGGAGUAUUAAAACAUUCCGUAUCGAACGAUGGUUCGACGACAGGAAACAACGGACAAAACAUCGUUAAAUUCAUACCGUCCUUACCUAAUUGGAAAGUUGCAUCCAUCGAACGUUUAGGUUUUGGAAACUUAAACAAAGUUGUUUUAUGUUUCGAUAGAAUAUUUUGGGAUCCGGAAUCGAAUUUGUUCGGACACGUCGGAAGCACAACGGCUAGCAGAGGAGAAUUAUUUCUUUUUUGGAAUUUAUAUCAUGCUCCUGUACUGCUUGCAUUGGUAGCAGGUGAAGCCGCAGCAAUUAUGGAAAAUGUUAGCGAUGACGUCAUUGUCGGAAGAUGCAUUGCCGUUUUAAAGGGUAUUUUUGGAAAUUCUGCCGUACCUCAGCCGAAAGAAACUGUCGUGACCAGAUGGAGAGCAGAUCCUUGGUCAAGAGGUUCAUAUUCAUUCGUUGCCGUUGGAGCUUCCGGUAGCGAUUACGACAUGUUGGCAGCACCCGUUUCAUCAUCUCCUGAUAUUCCUCCGCGUUUAUUUUUCGCCGGUGAGCACACAAUGAGAAAUUAUCCGGCAACAGUACACGGUGCUCUCUUAAGUGGUUUAAGAGAAGGCGGAAGAAUAUCAGAUCAAUUUUUGGGUUGUCCUUAUGCAGCACCGCCAUCAUCAUCAUCAUCAUCAUCACAAAAUGGUAAAAAUCAAACCGGAACUUCAAGCUAG